AGAGAGGAAUUCUUCUCACAUCAUCGUCAGCAAUAGGCCUGAAAUUGUUUCUUGAAUUUUUAAUUUCUUUAGAGACCGGGGCAGUGUUCACCUUUGGUAAAAGCAAGUUUGCAGAUAAUUUACCCAAUAAAUUUUGGGUAAAGAAUGACAGGGUUCUUCAGGUUGCAUGUGGAGAUGAGCACACAGCCCUUGUUGCAGGUACUGAUUCAUGCUUAGCAAAAGCCUUUAGAGAUUACUCCUUUAAGUUUUACUUAUAAUUUUCAUUUGAAAAAAUACCUUUUAACAUGUUUGGUGUGUUAAUUUUUUUUUUUUUUGCAUUUAAAAAAAUAUGUACCGCCUGUAAUUUAAGUGAUUAAACUGAUUAAAAAAUUUUUUAUUUUAUUCUACAGAAUCUGGACGAGUGUUUAUGUUUGGACCUAAUGAUUGGGGACAACUUGGCCUGGGUCAGGAAAAUAAAGGCGUUAACAGGCCUAGCUGUGUAAAAUGUAAUAAAAUAUUUUGAAAGUGUUUUUUUGGUGGGGUUAAAUAUUACUAAUAUUAUUAAAUACAAAAAUUUGUUUAUGUUUUUUAAAUUAUGAUAGUCGUGGUUUAAAUACUCUUAAUAUACAUUUAAAAAUAAAAAUGCUUAUAUUAUCAGAAACACAUCCAUUUUCUAAAAAAUUAGAAAAAAAAUUAGAAAAUUUUUUUUUUUCAACAAAUACAUCUACAUUUUUUUUAUAUUUGCCAGUUCAACCAUAAAUCCAGCCAACGGGUCGCAUCAUGGCACCAGUUUCCUUAUUGAGAAAAUUUAAUGCUGUUAUCAUUUGUUGAAAAAUGCAUGCUUUCUAAUGUUUCAGUGUUAAAGCAUGAAAAGUCAAAAUAUGUUGCAUGUGGCAGGAGUCACACUCUAGUCUCAACAGGUAAAUUUAUGGAACUUCUGCUACAUUUUUUUCCAUUUGUGAUAAUCAAUCAUAAAUGAGAGACAUGUAUUUUAAAAAACAGCAUCGGUUAUGUUUUGUAUUAAUUUCUUAUAUUUUUAGUCAUCGUAUUAUGCUCUACAUAAUUAUUAUCUAAUUUUCCGGCUUCUAGAAUCGGGUCACAUUUACACAUUUGGAAGCCAUAGUGAUGGCCAGCUGGGGUAUGAGACAUCUACUAGCCAGCACACACCUCGGCGGAUUGAAUCACUUGAACCCACAAAAUACAAAAUUUUGGCAGCAGGUUCUGAUAGCUCAGCAGCACUUACAGGUUAACUAUCUGUUAUUCUUUUUUUUCCUUUUUUUUCCUUUUUUUUUUUUUUUUUAAAUUGUUUGGAUUUUUUUUUUUUUUUGGAUGUGAUUAGAACUGCAACUCAUCUGUCCUGUGCUCAACACUCAUUUUCUUAGUAUUUUAAUUUACUGAUCAUUAAACUCCAGAAAAAUAUUUUUCUUGCCACCUGAGUAUGUGAUCUUAAAAUUUAAUUUUUUAAAAAAUGCGUUGAUUUUUAUUGUUGACAGCCGAUGGGCGAGCUUAUGUAUGGGGAGGCAAUGAGGAUGGCAAACUGGGUUUGGGUGACCUUGACACUGUGGUGGAGCCGGCACUACUUCCAGUUGAUAGACCUGUUACAUGUAUAGCCUGUGGAUACUACCAUACAGCUUUUGUUACUGGUGAGCUGUAAAAAAAAACUAAUUUGUUUCUGGGUAUGUGCGAUAAUAAUUAUGUUAAAUUAAUUAUUAUUAUUAUUAUUAUUAUUAUUAUUGCUCAUACUUCGCACACAAAGAUGACCAAGGCAAUUUUCAAAUGGAAUAGUAGCCUUGACUUGAGCUGUAUUCAGCUUCACUCUCUCGUCCUUGCCUAUUUGACCCAAUGGCAAGACUUAGUCAAGAUGACUGGAAAUGGACCAGGUUGCAGUAGAUGACCAGCAUUCUGUCUUGUGUGUUUCACUGUGCUCCCACAUCGCAGGAGUUGGCGGCAUUUUCAUCAUGUCAAUGUCAUUACCGCCUAAGGGAGUCCUUCUCUGUGCUUAUUUCAGAGUUUGCCUUUUCUUAGAUGAGUCGCCAACCAAGGGUAAUGAGUCCCAUCCACCAGAGGGUGCGGGUGAAGAUUUGCUGGGCAUUGAACUCAAGUCCACCAGCUUGGGAUUGACUCAGUUGAGACACACAAACACACCACAUCCCAUGCUCGUAGAUCAGAUGUUGUAUCAAAGUUCUCUAUAAAGAAAGUCUCAAAGAUGUACAGUGGAAAUGACGAAAAUAGUUACGCAUGCCUAGAUUACCAAGGCAUUAACUGAGCAUAACCUGGUUUCUUCGGAAUUUAAAAAAAAUGAGGUUCCACAAAACUGACUCAGGGUGCUGUAAAACCAAAAGGGAAAGUAUGAUAUAAAAGCAUUAAUUUUUUGCAAGAGUUGCGUCCCUUGGUUUAACUGGAGUGGGGGAAAUAUAAACUUAAUGAUGAUUUAUUUAUUAACAAUAUCAACAUACUAAAAGUGAAAGUCUUGAAGAGCAAUGAAUAAUUUACUAAACAAGUUGUUAUCUUAAUACGGUGACCUUUUGCUGAAUUUUCAAAUGAAAUUAGACAUUUUUAAAUGUAAAAGUUCAUAUUAUGAAAAUUGUAAAAUAUUAAUUUUAACAGAUGCACACCUUCUAGACACAUACUGUCUCUCAAAGAAGACUUAAGCAGCUGUAAUUACAAACAUUGUAGGUGUAUUCAUUUCUCCCCAUACUUCAAUUUAGAUGAUGGCAAAUUGUUCACAAUGGGCGAGCCAGACGGCGGGAAACUUGGACUGCCAGAUGAUGUGGACGACACAAAUGUGCCACAGGAAGUGACAUCAAUCAAGGAGCCUAUAAAAUGGGUGGCUUGUGGAAGUUCACAUACAGUCGCAUUAAGUGGUAAAUUUCUGAUCGUUGAAGAGAUUUUUGUUAAAAUUUCUUGUCACAUAAAGAAUGUUACUUUGAAUUUAUUGGUUAAAAUCAAGAAAUGUUGAAAUAUAAUUUUAAAAAGUCUAUAUCAUAUCUGCACAUUCAAAACCCCAGAUUUUAAGAACAAUGGAAAAAAGUGACUUCAUCUUCAUUUAUUUCUACACAAAUAAGUAAUGGAUCUGAUGGGGCAUGCUUAAUUUAGUUUAAGUGAAUGCUGGUGGCAACAAUGAAGACCAUAUAAUAUCAAUUGCAAAAUGAUUGGUGUAUUUCUUCUGCCCAUUCAUUAAUUGGAACUGGAAGGAGUAUUGACCAGAUUGUUGACCAUUUUGUUUACUGAUUAAUUUUUUGUGUUUCUAGAAUCGGGAAAAUGCUAUGUGUUUGGUGAAGGUGAAAGUGGCCAGCUAGGCCUCGGCACCGAUGUUUUAUCCACAUCCACGCCCACACUUUUAAAUCUUCCCUUCAAAGUGGCCAGGGUUCACUGUGGUCAAGCCUUCACUGCCUUGAUAUCAGGUCUGUUGGCCACCUCAUGUUUAGGGAUGAAUGGUUUGAAUGACCUUUUUUUUGGACAUGUCUGUGACGUUCUGGGGUUUCUGUUUUAAACAUUGUUUUGACAAUAAAUAGUUUAAAUAUUUCUGUGGUUCUGUUUUUUUUAAAUAGUUGCUGCAAGGGAGCCUCUUAAUGCUUUAAUAAGGGGUCUCUAAAUGCUUUAAUCAAGGGAAUGUCAAUACUUUAGUCAGGGAGCUUUUAAUGCUUUAAUCAGGGGACUUUUAAUGCCUUAAUCAGGGGUCUCUUAAUGCUUUAAUCAGGGAACUUUCAAUGCUUUAAUCAGGGGACUUUUAAUGCUUUAAUCAAGGGACUUUUAAUGCCUUAAUCAGGGGUCUCUUAAUGCUUUAAUCAGGUAAAUCUCCAUACUUUAAUCAGGGGUCUCUUAAUACUUUACCCAUGGGUCUCUUAAUGCUUUAAUCAGGGGUCACUCAAUGCUUUAAUCAAGGGACUUGUAAUGCUUUAAUCAAGGGACUCUUAAAGCUUUAAUCAGAGGACUCUUAAAAUGUAACUGUGACUAUAGAAGAAAAACUUUAUUUAGACUUCAAAUAUUUUCAAAGUGAACAAUUGUAGAUACGUGAAUGUAGUUCUUGAUCUAAUAUUUCAGAUGCAUAAUAACACUUGCUAGGCUGGCAUUUAAUGUAUUUUUUUAAUAUAUUGUUCUGAUUAUGACCCUUGACCCCUGUGCACAUUUAUUUUCCCUCUCAGAAAAGGGUCAACUCUAUACCUUUGGUGAUGGACGCCAUGGCAAGCUGGCACAUGGGAACGACCAGUUUUCUAAUCAGUACAAACCUUUCCACUGUAAAAGGUUUUCUAGCUUUAUCGUUACAAAGGUAAACAGUUGGUGGUGUCAAUGUUCACAAGGGUAAACAGUCGGUGGUGUCAAUGUUCACAAGGGUAAACAGUCGGUGGUGUCAAUGUUCACAAGGGUAAACAGUCGGUGGUGUCAAUGUUCACAAGGGUAAACAGUUGGUGGUGUCAAUGUUAACAAAGGUAAACAGUCGGUGGUGUCAAUGUUCACAAGGGUAAACAGUUGGUGGUGUCAAUGUUCACAAGGGUAAACAGUCGGUGGUGUCAAUGUUCACAAGGGUAAACAGUUGGUGAUGUUAAUGCUAUGAACUGAUUCACAGCUUUUCAUUUCCUUGAAGAAAAAAAACAAACUAUCAUUUGUUUACCUUUUUCCUGUCAAGAAGCAAAUCAAAUGACAGACAAGUUUUUCUAAAAUCUCAAUGUUUUUGUCAAGUGGAUUUCAACAUUUUUGAAUGUUGUACUAACACUUUAAAUCAGCUGCUAAAGAACUACGUAUGACCAUGUGCAUAUUUCAUAGUUCCUAGUUUGUAAUCCACUGCAUGUCGGUGGGGGUGCGGACUGCACCGGGGGGGGGGGGGGGGGCGAGGACCGCGUCACCAUCUGGGGGGGGGGGGUGACACCAAACUGAAAAAUUGCAUAUUUUACAGACACACACUGCUUACCACACCGGGUUACACCAACCCUAGCUACGCCACUGUGUAUUUUUGUACAUCUCUGCAUACCACAUGUCACAGUGUAGAUGUACAACUGGCUGUACAUGCUCUUCAGUUUGAGAAACGUUUUUAUCAGUUUAAAAAGUCUAAAAUGUUUUUCGGUCUGUGUUAUAGCAGUUGCCAAUGACAGAGAUAUUUGUUUGGAAACAAUAAAGGGAAAAUAUCUAGUUGUGUUGACCUUUUUUUUCUUCUUCCUAUUUAGGUUGCGUGUGGUGGGUGUCACAUGAUCGUCACAGCCAAGCCAAAACAAGGCACUGCGGAUGCAGACAAUGAUGAAUCGGUGGAUGAGAUGAAACUGUUUGAAGAUAGCAGUCUCUCUGAGACUAUAGGCAGAGGGGUGGGGUCCCCUAGUUUAACCAGGUCAUUGUCAGCUCGGGAGAAGCGAAGGAAUGAAGUCACGGUGAGACUUGAAAUAUGUCUUGUAAAUCGUGGGCCUUAUUGUGACAUUUAUUAUUUCAAAGACAAUUUUAAAAUAUUUUGUUGAAACUAAUAUUAAGGUUUCGACACUUUUUAAAAUUUGAAUACACAAAUUAUCUGAUAAUUUGUUAUUUUUUAAAUUAAUUUAAUUAACAGUUUGAUUUCUAUUGUUUAAAGAAAAAGUCAUGUACAUACUGUGUACAUAUGCUUUGUAGACAUAAAAACAUGUAAUUUGAUUUGUUAUUAAAUUGGUUCCUGAUUAAUGACAUAGAAUGAAUGAAAAUGAACUGAAUGAAAUGAUCAUUGUAUUUCUCCUACCCCAGAGAUCCUUUUCCACACUGUACCAAACUUUACCUGCUCUGGCCUCCACCAACGGCUUACGCGCCCUCAGUGCCACCAUGCCGCCCAUCAAGUCCUCCCAUGCCAAAACUAAGGGUGACGCGCUCAGCAAAACAACAUUGCCAAAGCUGGGCCUACUGAAUGGUCAGUCACGUGAUCAGUGGUCAGUCACAUGAUCAGAGAUGUAUUUAACGAUUUUAAAGUAAUCAGAAAACAAGUUCUAAAAUCGUCAAUGCUUAAUGGGAAUGUUAAUGUAGACUUUGAAAUAAUCAUAAUCUGUCAGUGGAUGUGAUUAAGUAGACUAUGUGUUUAUCAUAAUAUGUCUCAGUGUAUGAGAUUAAGUUGACUGUGGGAUUAUUUUAAUUUGUCAGUGUAUGUGAUUAAGUAGAAGACUAUGGGGUUAUGAUAAUCUGUCAGUGUAUGGGUUUAAGUAGACUGUGGAAUUAUCAUAAAAUGAAUGUCAGUGUAUGGGAUUAAGGUAACGACAGAACCGGGCGGGCAGCCUGCUGUAAUGUUUUAAUGGGGCCUGGGAGAACUCCAAAGAAGUGGAUUAAUGACUUUGUAAAACGUACAAAUUGGCAGCGGUUGUCUCUAAAGCCUUUAAAUGUUUUAAUCACAAAUGUGAAGUUGUCAAACUAAUAAUAAUCAUCACAACCAAUUUUAACAUUUUGCCGCUGCUUUAAUAGCAAACUAAACUCAAAAAGGUAAAUUUUUCUAACUCUCGAAGUAUAAACAGCAUUAGUGUGCGGGCCGCAAAAGAAAAAAUUAAUUACUUUGCAGGCCUCUGCGCAAAAAAGUUUGCACACCCAUGUGGUGGAGGAAAAAAAAAACUGCAGGCCAGUAAAGAGAGCGUGUGCUUUUGAGAUAGAUCUUUAUAAUUUAUUCUAUUACAUUAUUAUUGUGGACAUUCUUCUGACAAUGCAAAGUUACUAAAGAGCAGACAAGACUAAAGAAUUUUAUUAUUCAAAAUAAAACCAACAUAUACUUUUUAUGCAUUUUAUUUACAUUUCUUUUGCCUUUAUCCUGUUACUUAAGAUGUCUCUCUAUUUUCUUCUUGUGAAGGUGCUUCAUCAGAACAUGACAGCGAUAAUGAUGGGGAAGAGGAGGUACCUGAUAGCGUCAAAGAAAAAAAGGUUAGAACUGACAAGAAAUAUUUGAAAUAACUUGAAAUUCCAAUAGUGCUAUAAUUAAAAAUUGUAUUUAAUAAUUUAGUUUUUUAUACAGCCAUCUUCUAAUUUAGUAAAUUUAUAAAUUUUAUCUCAGAUUGGUUUAUGCAAUUUAUUUUGUAGACCUCAGGACUCUGCUUUGGUUCAAGUUAAAAAUACUUUGCAAUGCUUAUCUUGUCAAAGUUUUUUUUUACAUUUUCUGUAGGGGUGUGCCGGAUCCGUUUUUUCCAACCGGAUCCGGAUCCGGAUUUUCUUAUGCGAAAUCCGCCGGAUCCGGAUACCGGUUUCUCCCGGAUUCCGGAUUUUGGUACUAUUGGUAGAUACUUCGGUAAGUCAAGGUGGAUUACUACUUUUUGUGUAUGGGAAUUCGCAAUCGGCGCCAAAAAAUCCGAGUUUUUAAUUUUCCGAUGUGUGUGUCUAUUUAUUAUUAAAUUAGUACUUUCGAUAUAUAUUUGAGUUCCGUUCCAUUUGGAUAAGUGCCUUACGAGAGACGCCAUGUUUCUACGCGUUCGCAGCAGGUUAUGCAGCUCGCUCAACCUAAUUUCGCCAUGGGGUUGGCCACGCCCCCCUUUUUAAUGGCGGAAGUUGACGAUACUUAGGAAAUAUUAAUUUAUUAUCACUAUUUACAUCAAAAUAAUUGAUAACUUGUGUUUCAGAAUGCAUUUAAAGACAUUUAAACUGGAAUGUUUUAAUUUGAGCUUUAACAACCCGGUAGAAUCCAUAUUAUAAAUGAUCAGAAUUUACCGUGUGCAACACGUUGUCAUUGGCAACCAUUCACAGCCACUUGCAUAACUGUAUCGUAGUACUACCUCAGAGUUUCAUUCAUAAGAGUUUGCCGUGUGCAAAAACUAUUAAACCAUUGGUCAGGGAAAGCUUUAAUUAAUUAUUCAUGUGCCAAAGUUGAAAGUUUAAACUAAGUCUAAACAGUAUUUUAGUGAUAAGGCAGGGAAUGCGUUGCCUUAUAUAAACUAUAUAGUCAUUGCGCAUGACGGGAUUGGUGGAAUGAGAUCACAGAAUGUGGAGAUGCAGUCCAUGUUAAAAAAUGACAAACCAAGUCGUACUUUAAAAAUUCAUAACUUUAAAACUACAACAGCUAAAAAUAUGAUUUUGGUGUUAUAAUUCUUUAAAAAAUUACAUCUUUUCAACUAUGCCAUUGGUUUAUUUUUACAAAAAGUUUAAAUUUUCUUAUCAAAGUCCCUACACUAUUGGCCACUAUUAGCGGUGCUGACUCUAGCCUCUGGUAUGUACGGAAUAUUAAACAUUAAACAAGCUCAACGCUCGAAACAAUCGAUUAAUGUAUCGUGAUCGUGUGAAAUUCGGGAAAGAGAAUUACUUUUAUUUCAGAUUAUGAUCCGGUGAGUCACAAAAUCUGGCAAAUUCCGAAAUCCGGUAUAUUCCGGAUUCCGGAAUCCGGUUGUUCCGGAUACAUGUAAAUCCGGCGGAACCGGAUUUCACCGGAUAGUGCAAAAUCCGGCGGAACCGGAUUCCGGACCGGGGUCCGGCACACCCCUAAUUUUCUGUAUAUACAUGAAUUAAAGACAACAGACUACCCUUUCCAUAAAACUUUAUUAAAUUAUUUAAAUUUAAGUUUCAUUGUUUUUUUUCCCAAACAAUUUUGUUUUUGGAGACUGAAAACUGUAAAGAGUGAGUUAAGUCAUUCACACUUUUGUUCAUUAUUUAAACAUUGUUUUUAAGAAUUUUUUUUAUUUUUUAUUUAUUUAUUUUUUUUUUUUAAAAACAUUCAAAAAUGUUUGAUCAUUAUUUUAAUGAAAUUUCAUCUUUGUGUUUGGUUUUACAGAUUAUUUUUAAAUUUCGUACAAGUUACUGAAAACUUUGGAGAGUUCUAGCACUUUAAAAAUAUAAGAGAUGAUACAUUGACAAUUUAAAUAUGUUUUGUCCAACUCAGUUCAGCAAUGUAUCCGUUCAUGCUAUGUUUUGUGGUUCCUUUGGUGAGAUAACUUUGUUACAUGUCCUUCAUAGGCACCCCUCCAAACUUGUCCUGUUGCCUCUCCUAGGAGAAAUAUCCCUUUGGUCCAGGUACAGUUUGUGCUCACAAACUUUGUUUGCAUGCAUGAAUGACCAAAAUAAAUUCUUUGUAAUUGUUGCAUGUGCUAAACAGAUGAGAGCAUUUCUUUACUGUAAUGCAUAUCUCAGUGAUUUUGAUAUGGUCCAAAAAGGUUGACUGUAAAAGUUGUGCCAAAUGAAUUUAAAAGAUGGGGUGGGGGGUUGUUCUUCAUAUUUUAUAAUUGUAUGAUGUAAAAAAUAUGUCCUACUUCUAUAAUCCUUUCUUUUUAUAUUUUAAGGUAAAAUCGCCCACUUGGAAAUAUUUUUAUAUUUCUCAAGAGCUGAGAAAUGUAUUUUUUUUUUAUUAAUUGUUGCCUCCUUGUAUACCAUAUGUUUACUAUGUAUAUAUUUCAUUCCUUACAUAAAUGACAUAUAUUUUUAUAAUUUUUCUUAAUACAUAAACACACACAUUUUUAGUUUUACUAAUGACUAAAAUUAAUCGAUUAAAAAAAUUCUUUAAAACAUCAUGGUUCCAUUGAAAUAAGUAACAGUUAAUUAGGUUGUCUUUUUUUUAUCCCAUGUUACUUAUAUUACCAUAUCCAUUAACAAUACAUCAUUAUUUUCAACCAUAAAGUUAAAAUUUUAAUAGACCAAAGCUACAUACUUUUUUAGUGUAUAGUCACUUCUGAAGGCCUUUUCUGUUUACGGACUUGCUUUAUAGUGCAACUGAUUAGUAACCUUGAAAUAGAGCAUGCAAACCAUUAUUUACAAGCCAGGAGCAGGGCCAGUAGUUGGAGUGAUAGACGCAGCUUUUAGUUUAUUGAUAUUGCAUGGCUUUUCAGGGGACUACUGGCAGACAGGAUGGUAGUGAGGGUGAUGACGAAAAUGAAGCAAGCAGUGAGGAUGAAGAGAAGAUUAGAAAUAAGGACUCUUCACACAAUAAGCCUGAAGAGGAAGAAGAUCAGGAUUUGAAUGAAUCCGACGAUGAGGUUUUAGCCCUCUCGGCUGAACUGCAGAACCAGAUGGAGGAUGACGAUUCGUCUGAUGGUGAAAAUGAAAAGUUGGCAGACCGAUCGAAGCCACAUAGUUUAUCGAAGCAGCAUCAGCCAGAUUUGAAUGACAACAAAAGCAUUGUGAAGGAUGAUGACGAGACACAGGACAUGGUUGAAAUUAUAAAUACAGCGAAAGAUAAAAAUGAGUGGACCCCAUCAGUAAGACUAACACAUGUCAAGUCCAUUUUCGUUUUCUUUGGUUUUGAUUGGCAUCUUUGUUAUCUAACAGUUGAAAUUUGACAUUUUUAGUUUCUCUGCCUUGAUCAUUCACUGCAAACAGCUGUUGCUAUUUCUCAAGAGAAUUAUUUUUAAAGGUUCUUUUAAAGAGCAAUAAAUAAAAUGACCAUGUUUAUACUCAAGUCAUACAAUUAAUAACUAAAUGGAAUUCCAUCUCACUUUAAUCUUCUAAAUGUUUGAAUACUUUAAGAAAUUUAAAGAUUUUUUCAAAGGCAUUCAAAUUUUUUUUAUUGGCACCAGGUAUCGCUUCAUUUUAAAAGUUACCAUAUUUGAAUGAUUUAGCUGUUUGACUUGUAGUAUUGCUCGAACCCUUUUUAAAUUUUUUUUUUGUGUGCGUGUUGCAGUUCUGUAUUUCUAAAAACCCUCAUCAAAUUUCAGUGAUAAUUUUUAAAUUCUUUUCUUUCAAAUUGAAAGAGGAAAUUAACUUUUGUUACCUAUCUACUCUGCUCUGCUGUAUAGCUCGUUUCUGGUGUAUGCCCAUCCUCUAUUUUAAAAAACUUACAGCUUUUGAUUGAAACAAUUAACAAGGUGCACAUUUUUUUUUAAAGGCAUCCUUUUCAUAUAAAAAAUAUAACACUAUUUUACAGACAUUGGUAUAUUUAUUAUGAAAAGAAACGCAAAUUUUAAAAUAAUAAUUUCCAUUUUUGUUGUUUCUCUAAAUUCUCUUCAAAGUGCAUCAUUGAUUAUUCCUUUCAUUUAUAAUAUUUUGUUUCAUGCAUCAAAUUCAUAUUUUUAAAAGGCAUUAACACUAAUUCCUUAAAGGAAAAGCCCUUGCAUCAUUUUAAAACUCUAGAUUGUUUUUAGACAUGUAAAAUUAAUCAUCAGUUUUGGGUUUGGGUUUCAUAAAAGUGUGCUGUACUUCUCUCCCUUGUGUUCUACUUCACUCCCUUGUGUUCUACUUCACUUCUUUGUGUUCUGCUUCAUUGCUUGUCUUCUAUUACAAAUAACAUUUGAUUAUACACCCCAAUUUUAUAAAUUAUUCUAAUCAAAAUAUAAGAAAUAAUUAUUUUCAUAGGUUCUUUAAAAAAUAUAGCCCUUAGACUAUUACAAUUGCAAAUAAAAAUCAGUCCUCUAAAAGGUUUUUUUUUUUUUUUUUUUUUUUGGGUUUAUUUUCUUUCUUUUUAUUUUUUUUUUUUUUUUUGUUUUUUUUUUUUUUACACUAUUUCUUUCUUUGUUUAAAUUUUUUUUUUUUUUUUUAUCUUCCCUCAUCUCCUGCACAUGACUGAUUGCCUUACCUUGCACCCCAUUUAAAUAUACCACACUGAUGUCAACUGCCUUGUUCAAAUUAUCUUACAUUAUAUUAGACUUGAAUAUACAAGUUCAUAAGGAUUUAAUUUUUAAAAGAAUAAAAUAUUUUAUUUAUUUGUCACAAAACAUUUCUAUUGAAUACUUAUUUAGAAGUGAAAAAGAAAAAAAAUAUUUCCUGAGAUAUUUUUUUUUUUUUUUUUUUUUGCAUCUACUAAAUUUCUGAGAAAUUGCUUACGCAACUUAUCUACAUAUUAUUAAGUUUUAAUCCAUUUAUCUUAUUUUUUAAAAGAAUAAAAUAUUUUAUUUAUUUGUCACAAAACAUUUCUAUUGAAUACUUAUUUAGAAGUGAAAAAGAAAAAAAAUAUUUCCUGAGAUAUUUUUUUUUUUUUUUUUUUUGCAUCUACUAAAUUUCUGAGAAAGUGCUUACGCAACUUAUCUACAUAUUAUUAAGUUUUAAUCCAUUUAUCUUACUUAAAAAUAUGGUGUUUUUUAAUUAGUCGCAACAUUUGAGAUUUUUUUAAACAAUAUCCAGUAAGGCUGUCAAUAUUUGGUUACAUAACCUUUUUUAAUUAUUAUUUCUCUAAGAAAAAAGGACCACUUCCUGUACCAAGAAAAAAGAAAGAAGGUGAAGAGAAGGAGCAAAAGAAGAAAGAGGAUGACAAUGAAGAGGAGGAAGAUGAUGAUGAUGAAGAUGAUGAAGAUGAUGAAGAUGAAGAUGAUGAAGAAGAAGAUAACAAAACGAAAGGUUGGUAAUUAGAUUCAUUUAGUUAACCAGCAGAUUAAAUUGAUAAGAGUUGUCUCUCAUUGUAAUGAAUUGUUCUAUAGCGACUUGUAUGCAGGUAUAAGAUUUGAUAACGCUGUAUUUAUUUGUUUAGUUUUUUUUCCUGCGGUUUAUUCCCAAAAGAAUAUUUUACAGUCUCAAUAACAAAAGAAGGGGGAAUAGAAACAAGUAUCAUUAUGUAUAAGAAAUCAAGAUUCUAUUAGUGUGAACCAAGAAUUCUUUUAACUUUCAUAUAUUAUCUUUUUUAAACCAAAUGCUCAUGUGUCAGUGGCCUGUUGUUUUUUUGUAGACAAAAAGAAAGACAAGACAGAUGAUAAAAAAUUGGAUGGUAAGAAAAAUAAGGAAAAAGAAGAGGGGAAAAAAGAAGAGAAGCAAAAGGGAAAAAAAAAAGGUGGGUUUUGA